AUGGCGGACGGAGACAGUAGUUUCGGGACGGCCUUUUUAGACACCUCCGAUAUGGGGGAACCAUUCAGCAAGCGGUCUAAAAUUAGUCCGGCAACCAAUUACGGAUUCAAAGUCGCUGAUUCAGAGCAAUUCUCGUGCGUAUCUGGAGCGGCAGAGAGCGCGGAGGCAGCGGAGAGCUGUGCGCAGCGAGCGGCCGAAGCCGAGCCGGUGAUGGCGGUAGAACAGGCCGCGACAGGCCGAGACAACAAUGGACCGGGACCGCUCCGAACGCUGUCCAGACUGGACGACACCGCCUUCUACGGACCAAGCCAGGACACUGUCGAUUUUCUUGGACAUAGCGACAUUCUCUCCAACGGUCUGGCUGUCACACCUGAUCACAUUGACGAAGACGACAGAUCCUCACGUGCAAGCUCGAGUGAUUGGACACCACAACCACAAAUAGGCUCCUACAGUUUCAUCCAGCAGCACAUCAGAGAGGCUGACCCAAGGAGUAUUUUGAGGGAUUUGCUUCCUGAGACUAUACUACCACCUGAUUUGGAUGACAUGACCAUGUGGCAGAUCAUUAUUAACAUAUCGGAACCGCCAAAAAGAAGGAAGAGGAAGGAUAUUAACACCUUGGAAGAUGUUGUCAGGAUACUUCAUGAAAGUAAAAAGAUCCUUGUGCUGACUGGUGCUGGGGUGUCCGUCUCAUGUGGAAUACCAGAUUUUCGCUCCAGAGAUGGAAUUUAUGCACGACUUGCUGUCGACUUUCCUGAUCUUCCAGACCCUCAAUCUAUGUUUGACAUAGAAUACUUCAGGAAAGACCCACGACCCUUUUUCAAGUUUGCUAAGGAGAUCUAUCCUGGCCAGUUCCAGCCUUCACCCUGUCACAAGUUCAUUUCUUUGCUGGAUAAACAUGGGAAGCUGCUGCGCAACUACACACAGAACAUCGAUACGUUAGAACAAGUGGCUGGUGUUCAGCGGAUUAUCCAGUGCCAUGGGUCGUUUGCAACUGCAUCGUGUCUCGUCUGUAAACAUAAAGUGGAUUGUGAGGCUAUAAGGGAAGACGUCUUGAACCAGGCUGUCCCUCACUGUCCACGGUGUCCAGACAUUUCUUUGGCAAUCAUGAAACCAGACAUUGUCUUCUUUGGUGAGAAUCUUCCAGAAAUGUUUCAUAGAGCCAUGAAGCAGGACAAAGAUGAGGUGGACCUUUUGAUAGUCAUUGGUUCUUCACUGAAAGUUCGACCGGUUGCCCUGAUCCCAAAUGCCAUUCCUCAUGACGUGCCUCAGGUCCUCAUUAACAGGGAGCAGCUGCCUCACCUCAACUUUGAUGUGGAACUGCUUGGGGAUUGUGAUGUCAUUGUCAAUGAGCUGUGUCAUCGAUUGGGUGGAGACUUUGAACAGCUGUGUUUUAACACUGUAAGACUCACUGAGAUCACAGAGAAGCCUCCCCGAUUACCUGAACAGCCACCACGUGAGGCCUUGUCCACUUCAAGCAAUGCAGCACCGGAGGAGCAGAAGCAGUGCAGCACUGGCUCUGUAACCGAGCCUUCAGAGCAGACGGAAAAUGUCAGUGUCCAUGCUGGUGACCACGUAGCGCCUCCAGAGCCUUGUCCCAAUGCUCAGUGUCCCAGCGAAGAGACGGCCGAGCCUUUAGAGUCACCAGCUGAAGAUGCCGCUGAUGGAAAGAGCCAGAACCCCAACCUUGAUUUUCAUAGGCGACGUUGGAUGAGUCAACUUAACAGAAGUCCAAUCAGCAAGCGCCUUGAGACAGGUCAGUACCUUUUUCAAGCGCCAAAUCAGUACAUCUUCCAUGGGGCUGAAGUUUAUUCAGACUCUGAGGACGACGCAUCCAGCUCUUGCUGCAGCGACAGCGAGGAGUCUGAUUGCUGCGCGGAUGAAGCCGAAGGCUUUGGCGGAUCUGAGGAAGCAAGAGUUCUAUCAGCGGAUGGCGAAAAGUGCCUCAGAGACAGAGUGGAGCAUAACUUUCCUGACGGAGCCUCGAUGAGUGUGCAGAUGGACAGUAACUCUGAAAGGAGCGUCUCACACCUUUAAAUGUGGUGUAUCCAGUCAGCACAACACUAACUCUCUGUUUUAUAUCUGUAUAUGUUUCAUAUCAUUUAGCCUCAUUAUCCUGAUUUAAUGAGGUUGAAAUUGGGGACUUUGUUUAUAUGGAUUGCACAUUUUUCUUUGUGUCCAUUUGAUCACACGCAGGGUCUGAAAUCCCACAGACUACAAUAGGUUGCAGACAGCCCCUCCCAACACGUCUCUCAAGGCGAUGUCGUGCAUCACCCAUAUGAGAUGUUCGUGGAAGCUCUAGAUUGCGGUGAAUGCAAAAGUCCAGGAGAUGAACUCUUUACUUUGCAGCUAGCAGAAACACGCUUGAAAUGUCAGUCACAGUCUCUGUAGCAACAGACCGCGCAGUCUGUGUUUUACAACUGGUCCAUGCUAGCGUUGCUUCAUAGCUACUGCUUUUCAGACCAAUAGUCUUCAGAGGGUUUACUUGAAGGCAUCGUCUAAUCUGUAAACAGUGUGGGGAAGGAAGACUGCUCUUUAAUUUUGACCAAAGAAGACUUUGUCACCUCGUUAUAUUGUCCUUCCGCUUUCUGUGUUCAAGUAAGAAUUUAAGUCUUGGAAACAUCUACCUGUUGACAGUUUUCCUUCUGACAUGUGGCAGCUACUUUUUAUGAUCAAACCUCUUAUUUUUAUACUCUGGUGUGAGAAAUGUGCAUCAAAGAGUAGAUAGUUUUUAUCUUUACAAAGAUGUAAGUUGUAACAAACCUUAGGAAUAUAUUCUGUGGGUUCAUAUUGAAGAUGUGACAACCCCCCACCCCUUCUUUUGUGUGUUUGUUUUAAAUGGAAGUGGUUUUGUUGCCCAUGUCAGGUUUCUUAGAACAGCGUCACCAUGGUUUAUUUAGUCCUGCCUGUGCAGCUGUUGGUACGGACACAUCCUUGAGUCUGGUUGUUGAACGCAUGUGUUCACCAACAGUUAACGUGUUUUUUUUACAAUUUAAGGACAUUCUUACGUUGUUAGAAUUUUUUUCCCCCAACUGGGGGUUUUCAGUAAAAUUACUGAGGAAAAAAAAAAAAAUUUGAACAUGCAUUUAUUUCCUACAUGGGUAGUUCACAUUUGCUGUGUUUAUGUCCACCACCUCUGAGCUCAUUCAUCUGCUUCUUGGAUUAAUUUAGGGUCAAAAUAUAAGUUCUUAGGUAACGAAUAAGUAGGGGGGACCCAUUGAAUGAAAAGUAACAUUUUAUUGGUUUUCAACCUAAUUUCUCUAUUUAUUGUAGCACACAGUUUCCUAUAAUAAACGCUUAGUUUAUUAAU